GUAGCCAAUCCAAAACGCGGAAGUCGUCCCACUGUUCGUGUUCUCGUGUCGUGUGGCGAGCGUGGCGAGUCAAACCUGUUGCGUUGCCCGUUCCGUCUGCGAUUUGAAGGACGCACUCAAUUCGAGCACUCACAGGCCGCACCGAAAUUGUUGCGACCAAAACAACGGACAACGUUUAACGCAGGAGUCACGUGCGCGGGUGCGUGUCGCUGACAGCCUUGCUCGCCUGCCGCGGGCAUUUGUGAGAGACGUUCGCGAGUGUGCGGCGAGUCUGUGUCACAAGACUGAACCGUCUGCCCGCUUGGUCAGGCACCUCGCUAGUGCUGUUCGCGGACUAUGAGUAUUGUUCUCCGUUCACUCGCUUAGGUUAGCGACUGGGAGCUGCCUGUCACAAUGUCCAAGAUCGAAACCUGGCAAGACGUUCUCGACAGCACCACGGAACGCGUACGUCAGGGAAAUGGUUUUGCCGUCUUCAGCGCGCUUGGAACAAAUGAAGAGCGAGUCAGGUUCUGCCUCCGCCACGAAGUGGCCCAUCCGCGCAUCAAGCACUGGUUGACAGUUCUCUGCUCGUCGAAGCACCGCAAGUUCUGGGAGAAGGCCUCUGAACUGCGAAGCGAGGGAAACAUCUGCUUCAACCGCAAGCAGUAUGCGAAAGCAGCCGAGUUUUACACGCAAAGUAUCCUCUCUGCUCCUUUUCCGGAUACUCCAGACGCCGAAGGACACACUGAAGAGAUGGCCCUAGGAUUCGCGAAUCGGUCCGCCGCCUACUUUCACGCGGGCAAGUACAAACGCUCCUUGUGCGAUGUCCGCUACGCUUUCGAGCUCGGUUAUCCCAACCACCUGCGCUACAAGUUGUAUCUGCGGAAAGGUCAGUGCUACCUUCGCCUCGGAAAGCCCAGAGAAGCGCUGGAAAAUUUUGACUUGGCCAGUAAGGCGCUACGGCGCGCGGGUUUAGACAGCCGAAAACACGCACAGCAGGCGAAGGAAAUCGAUAUGUUCAAACAAGCGUGUACCGGUAACAAGACACCACCUGUCCCGAGUGACGAAGAUGACCCCGAUGACGAAUCACAGGUGCCCAGUGUCGUUCACGGCGUUCACGAUUCCGUACCCAACUGCACCAAUGCCGUGGACAUUCUGUACAGUACAGAGAAAGGACGCUUCGUGGUGGCCAACCGAGGGCUGCGGACUGGAGAUGCAAUCUUCGUCGAGAAGCCGUAUGCUUCGGUUCUGCUGCCAGGCCACACAAAAACCCACUGCCAUCACUGCCACAAAAGGCUCCAAAACGCUGUUCCGUGCUCACAGUGCAACCAGGUGCGGUACUGUUCUUUCAGCUGUGCGAAGGAGUCCUGGAGUCAGUAUCAUCAUUUGGAGUGCGGUAAUCUGAACCUUUUGUACUCGGUAGGGAUUGCACAUUUGGCUAUCAGGAUUAUUUUUGUAACAGGUCUGGCCAACCUUGUCCAGUUUUCUCGAGCUCUCUCUGCGGGGGAUGAAGUCAAUGAAUUUAACUAUAAUGCUGUAUAUGAGCUGGUUACACAUGAUGACAAGAUGUACGCUGAUGACAUGCUGCAGUACUCCCUGACAGCAGCAUUGCUCUACAUGCUGCUGGAUCAGGUCCAGUUUUUUAGCCUCGAAGAAGUAACUUCAAAGGCUUCAGUGCUGAGCCUCACUGGAAGAAAUGGGUCAAGUCAUCACCCUGGCCUGCCUAUAAAGGAACACAGUAUGGCAGCUUUGAAAACAUUUGCGGGAGGUCUGUUGCUGCGCCACAUUCAGCAGCUUGUGUGCAAUGCCCAUGCCAUCACGUCACUGGAGUCGAGAACAAUGCAGGAAGAUGAUGUUGUGGUCACAACUGAGCAAGUUCGUAUAGCCACAGCCAUCUACCCAAGUGCAAGCCUUAUGAACCAUGCUUGCAACCCCAACAUUAUUUCAAACUUUCCUUGUGGCUCAACUCUUGUGGUGAGAGCUGUAAGGAAUAUUGCAGCUGGGGAGGAAGUUUUGAACUGCUAUGGUCCGCACUAUCAAAGGAUGUCCUUUGCAGAACGGCGCCAGACACUGCAGGAGCAGUAUUUCUUUACUUGCAACUGCACUGCUUGCAGUGCUGGGGAGGAUGCUGAACAACGCCUGCAGGCCUUGAAGUGCGAAUACUGUGGUGGGCCACUGAACAUGCCUGACGAUAGCGGGAAGGCGGCCUGCUUAGACUGUGGCACCACUCAAGAGUGCCUUGCACGGGAGCAGAAGGCAUUUCGAAUGCACGAUCUCUAUGUACAAGGCGUGCAACUUGCUGAGAAGGGAAAUCACUUGGAAGCUCUGCAGCGCCUCAACAAGUGCUUGAAGGCACGGGAGAAGCUGAUGUAUAAACACAAUUUGAAACUUCUGGAAGCCAAGGAUAUGGUGGCAAAAUGCUUUUGUGCUAUUGGCGACUUUCGAUCAGCAUGUGAAGUGCUCAGUCCUGCUGUUGAUGCAAUCCGGGAGAUAUACGGUGAGAACAGCAUCGAGCUGGCCAACGAGCUUCAGAAGAUGUCCGACAUACUUGUCAACGCUGUGCCUCAGGCAAUCCGCCAAGAAGCUUCAGCAGAAGAGAUUGAGCACCUUAUAAAGAAUGCAGAUUCUGUGAUUGAUGAAGCAAUGACUAUUUACAUCCUCCAUUACGGAAGGAGACACCACACGACACGGGACUUGCAAGCAAAAAGAAGAAUGCUGGCGACUGUGUCGUAGGGUUGCAUGUUAGAAGCUUAUUCCUAUGUUGUAUGACAAGAGCACUAUGAACACAUUGCCACCGAAACCUUCUGUGUUAAUCCGGUUCUUGUGUGGAGCUGUCCUUGUAUUUUUUUCUUUCUUUACCAGCUGGUGAAUGUGAGUAUGGUAGGAUAUUUUUUUUAGCAAUACAAUACAAAUUGGGAUGUAUUGCAUGGAUAAUAAUGAAGGAAAAAAAGAUGCAUUUCAGGCACAGGUCAUACAGGGUAGCACAAAAAGAUGUUCAAUGCAUUUGUGCCAUUGGGUACAGCACGUUGUUAUAGGAGGAAUUAUGCAGCAACUCAAACUCUGGCUUUAACUGAGGAGAGCUUUACAUUUUAGAGUAGGAACUUGGGCAAGUGUGUGACGUGUUUCUGCAGAUGUACAGUACAUUUAACUGCUGCUCAGAGCAACUGCACUGGAAGUGCCGCCUGUAGGCUAUUUCUGAUAUCACAUAGGGCUGACCAGAGUGUUUCAAGUGUUUUUCACUGUGACUCGCAUACGAGCAUCAGCUCAUCACUUGUUCCUUGUGUGUCCUUAGUUGAGUAUACUUUGCUUUUCAAAGGCUCUGAGUCCUGUGUGGUGUUAUUUUAAUCACAUUAGGUUUCUGUGUUAGCACGAUUGUCUCUUUGCAAGUAGUGUGCAAGGUUGUUAAAAGCAUCAGGGAAGCGUGAAUUUCAUUAACUGAAAGGCAAUAAAGUAAUGUUCAUACCUGUG